ACAUAUUCAUACAUCCAUGAAUUUUAUUUUGAAAUAUAGCGACAUUUUUCUUUCCCGACAACAUAGGUGUUACAUUAAUCAAUUUACUAGCAGACGACACUUUUUGUUUGACAAACAUUUAAGACAGUGUUUCCUGUGUGGUGCCUCGACAUCAUCUUUCUCAGCGUCCCACAAAAGCUGCAUAAUUUAUUCAUCUUUCUUGGAGCAUUUGUGUUGUGUGCAACAAGUCUUCUAUAUUAAUUUGAAAGUAUAUUAAUUUGAAAGUUAAAUUACAAAAUGUUUAUUGUUUCGGUGUAUUUUAAAGUUGCUUUUGCACUUAUAUGUGUUGGAUUAGUAUUCGAAGUUAUUGGAUUUGCCUCUCCGUACUGGGCAUCGUGGGACUCGGGAAGUUAUGGAGAGACAAAUAAUGGUUUGUGGCAGCGUUGCAGUGACAAAUGGGAACGUGAUGGUUAUGAUCGAUGCAACAAAUACGGCGGUAUAACUACCGCAGUUGGGGCUGCAAGAGCAUUUUCUGCCAUAGCAGUCAUUCUAUUUGUUGUCCUGCUGAUUCUGUUGUUGAUAUACUGGUGUCAAUGUCCACGGUCUGAUCUCAUUCUAGCUUGCAUCAUCAUCAGUUUUAUCACGGCUGCCUGUGCGUUUAUAGGAGUGAUUUGCUGGGCGUCUAAAAACAGUAAUAAUCUAAGCUGGGCCUUCUAUCUUUGUGUCAUUGCUGGGAUACUGGCGGUAAUCGGUGGCAUACUACUUAUCCCUGAACGAAGGAUUAUAGUGAUUGGCCGAACAACUACUGGUGGCGCAAGCACCGUCCGAACAGUUACAACUACAAGAACUGUCACCGUCAGAUAAGCUGCAAGAUUUUCAUAGUGUCUUGAAAACAUUUUUAGUUUUUAACUCUUCUAGAUGAUGUAUGAUUUUUCAGUCAAAUUCAUAAGUUAUUUUGCAAUAUUUCAAGGACGUUUUAUACGAGCUUAAAAUAUAUUUGACCCACCCUAUUUACCGCAACAUCUUUAGCUACAAAUUUGAGAAAAUAACGAAAAUAAUGUGAAAGCUUUAACGCCUACAACGAGCAACGUGUACAAGAUAAACUAUGCAUUAUAUGUAAAAACGAUUACCUGAUAAUUGUUUUAACUUAAUUUGCAUAUGGCUAGGAAAUGAAUUAGCUUUGAAAAAAAAAAGAAAAUGCAAAUUACAUUUGACAUUUCUUUGAAUGAUCAGUGUCGAUAAGAAAACGUUAACCCUGUAUCGAGCCCCAGGUAUUGAUUCAUAAAGACAUGUUUCAGUUAACAUGUAGAAUGCGAUAACCUUGGCAACAUCUGGUGGUAUCAUAGCAUAUAGACAUCGAUUUAUGGAUGCCGUAUAAAAAUAAGAUUUUAAUCAUUGGAUACAGUAGACAAAUAUUAAAUAUAUGAAUUUCUAUCAUAACCAGACGCUAUUUUUAAACGGAGAUGCUAUAUAGACUUUUUCAUCGUUAAUACUAAAAAAAAUGUAUCACCUAUAAAUUCUUAUUUAAAAUUGGAUGUUAUUUAAUAUAUUCAUUCGAGGUUCUCCUUAGUCGGGUUGCAUAGGGUUAUAAUAGAUUAUAUAACACCCUCAGGUGAUGACACUAGCUCGUAGUCGAAUUGGUAUAAGGUGGGUAUCGCCAUUUCACUUGAACCUUGUAAACAAAACAAAAAUAAAGCAGUGUGGUGAACUUUUUUACAUGUUCACGAAAAAAAAGUUCAGGACUUUGGAUGUGCCAGUCUUUUAUGGCCAUAAUAUGACUGUUUAGUUGACAAUGGUUUUUUGUUAUUCAUUGUAUGAAAAAAAAUACUUUAAGGAAGGACAUUUUAGUUAAAAAAAACUCGAAUGAUAUGAAAUACAAAGAGCAUUUACAUUCAAGGUCGACUCACCUUUCUUCUUUGAUAUUUAAGUUUUAAAACUGACCAAGAUUGACUCAUGAGUCAAAGUUCAUUGGUCAGAAAGCGAGUAUUAUAUUUUUUAAUAAAACAUUUUGAAAUUAAUUAGAUUUAUUACUCUUUUAACGUUUUUGAAUAUUUAUUUUUUUUGGGAUGCUCAAGUUUUUAUAGAAAAUGUGCCUGUCUUGCAAAAGGUUUUUGACUGCAUACUAUCCAUCCAUAUUAUACCUCACUUCAUGUUAUUAAUAAAUUUGUUUGUAAUUAUUUUUAUAUUAACGCUUUAUGAACAGUGCAAUUUUGAAAAGAUUUUAAAUCUUUGACCAAAUAUAUGCAAUUAGAAUUAUUAUGCUAACUAUAUAUUAUAUUACUAGAUCUGCUUUGUGUAAUAGUGAAUUUCAACAAAAUAAAUAGUUUAGAUUUUCUA